AUCUCUCAACUCUCUACCCCAAUCAAUGAUGAAUGAAAAAGAUCUUGAUUGACAGCUAACAACAAAUAAAUAAAUCAUAUUUUGUGGAUCAAGAGAGUGUUUUCUUUUUAAUGCUCAACGGCUAAAAAUAUUCAUCAUUUAUCACAUCAUCUCUCCCCAAUAUUUUUUCGUUGUUCUGGACAUUCACCGAUCUAAAUUCCACUCUUGGUGUGACCGUUUUCCUCUCCGUACCGGAGAGGUCUCCACCGCCAUUUUGCGUGGUUUCUUUUUCAUCUAGGGUUUGAUGGCGGCAAAGGGUUUAAGCGGUUCCUCUAUCCGAUUGCCACUGUGCGAGACAGGGUGGAUGCUUGGCGAAGGAGACGCGGGAGAUCGAGGGGGUGUCGACGGAAUGAGCACUAAAAAGGUGCGGAACUGCUGAUGGGUGACGAUUGGAAGCUGGCUCUAAUUCAAGUGCAUGGAGGAGAUGGUAUCUGACGAGCCUUGCUUGACAAAAUACGAGACCAGAGUGUUCUUUGAUAGCGUCGUCGGAGCUAAUCUCACGUACGGCAGUCUCAUAAGAGUUGUAGGUCUGUCUCAGGAAGAGCUAUUUUUAUGGCUCCCCGUUAAGGAUACAAUCGUCGAUGACCCUAAAUCUGGCUUAAUACUGUUCGACAUUGGAUUAGCUCACAGCAGCUCCUUCUCUCCCUCCCUGUCUCGAAGAUCCGCUUCACUGCAACCCCAAGGAUUGUUUCACACAAAUCAGUGAACUUAAAGGCAAAGCUAACUUCUCUUGGGACCAGCAAUCCGCAGCAGCAAUGUUAAGACUCGCUUGGUGAAGUUAUAUUGCUUGAAGAAAGGGCAGGCUCGAACCCUAGAGAUGCCUCACUUUGACUG